CACACCCCCACCCACACCCACACCCACACCAUGCCCACCCAGCUCCCAGGCGGAAUCUACGUCCCCGUCGUGACCUUCUUCGAGGCGACGCGCGCGCAGGCGCUCGACCUGCCCACGCACGCUGGGCACAUCACGCGCCUUGCGGCCGCUGGCGUCGCGGGUAUCGUCGUUAUGGGGUCCACUGGCGAGGCGGUCACGCUGAGCCGCGAGGAACGGAACGAGCUCGUCCGCUCCACCAAAGCCGCGCUCACCGCCGCCAACUCCUCCGCCCUAGUGAUCGCCGGCACCGUCGGCGCGCAGUCGACCGCGCAGGCAAUCGAGCUGAGCAACGACGCCGCCGCGUCCGGCGCAGACUUCACGCUCACCCUCCCGCCGUCGUACUACCCGGGCGUGAUGACCGACGACGCCCUGGCAGCCUACUACGAGGAAGUGGCCUCCAACACGUCUAUCCCGCUCAUCAUCUACUCGUACCCCGCCGUCUCGGGCGGGAUCAACAUGGACUCUGAUCUGAUUGCGCGGCUGGCAAAGCACCCGAACAUUGCGGGCAUCAAGCACACCGACCAUGACGUGGGCAAGAUUGCGCGUGUCGUGGCCGCGAGCGAUCCGGCCACCUUCACGGUCCUUGGCGGCGCGACAGACUAUCUCCUCGGCACGCUGUCCUACGGCGGCCGGGGCGCGAUCACGGGCUUGGCGAACAUUGCCCCGCGCGCCUGCCUGCGCGCGUACGAGGCCCACGUCGCAGGCGAGCACGACACGGCGCUCGCGUACGCUGCCGCCGUGUCGACGGCCGAGGGCGCGUUCGUGAAAGCCCAGCUCACCGGGCUCAAGUACGGCACUGUCUGGGCUGCCGGCCUGCCCGACUCGGCCGCGCUCGGACGCAGGCCGCUGCCCCCCUGCCCGGAGAACAUGCGCGACUGGGUGCGUGCCAAGUGCGACGGCGUGCUCGCGCUCGAGAGGGCGCUCGAGGCCGAGGGGUGGAGUGGGCGGCCGACGAGCGCUAAGGCCAACGGCGCGAAUGGGCACUAGGCGAUGACGAGGUGGACACUUGAGGAUCAGUAGUAGUAGAUAUGACAUACAUGAUGACGACGA